CGCCGCUGCUCUCCCUGCGCGCUCCCGUUACCGCGUCCGCCAUUUUAACUCAAAUAAACAUGUCAAAAGAGCGUAUUUUGCUCUCCUAACUCAGGACUCCAGACCUGGAAUUAACUGUGUGGUGGUGGUGUGUGUGUGUGUGUGUAGGACAGGUUUGAGUAUUAAACGUGAAACCAUCCGAGCUGCUGAAUCGGACAGCUUUACACGGACUGCUGGGGCAUUAAAGGUGUGUGUGUGUGUGUGUGUGUGUGGUGAUGUAAUGUGAUAAACCUUGAGCCGGUCAGUGUGUCUGACUCCACGGUGUUGGACUCUGAUGAGUGUGUGUUGGACUCUGGUGCUUUAUCUAAACAAACACACACACACUGUGACUGAAGGCCGAAGUCAUGUUCUGGAAGUUUGACCUCCACACGGCGUCUCAGGUGGACAAGCUGCUGGAGAAGGAAGACGUGACGCUGGCGGAGCUGCUGGAGGAAGACGACGUGCUGCAGGAGUGUAAAGCUCAGAACCAGCGCCUCCUCCUCUUCCUCUCUCAGGACAGUUGUUUACAGGAGCUCAUCAACCUCAUCAUACACGAGCCUCCGAGCGACCGCGAGGAGAAACUGCGCUACAAGUACGCCAACACGGCCUGUGAGCUGCUCACGUGUGACGUAUCGGUCAUUAAUGAUAAAGUGGGCGGAGACAACUCUCUCCUGAACGCUCUUUACAGCUUCCUGGAGCAAGAUCCGCCUCUAAACCCGCUCCUCGCCUCCUUCUUCAGCAAAACCUUCGGCAACCUGAUCAUCCGGAAGACCGAGCAGACGAUCAGUUUCCUGAGGAAGAAGGAAGGAUUUCUCGGCUUGGUGUUGAAGCACAUGGACGCGUCGGCCAUGAUGGACUUCCUGCUGCGUCUGAUCAGUUGUGUGGAACCGGUUCAGCUCAGACACGAGGUUCUCACCUGGCUGGAUGAAGAGAAGCUUAUUCAGAGACUGAUUGAAUUAAUUGACCCUCACACUGAUAACGAGAGACAGUCAAAUGUGUCUCAGGCUCUGUGUGACAUCAUCCGCAUUGGUCGUGAUCAAGCUGGACUGCAGGAGCUGUCAGAGUCCGACCCCCUGCUCACCACACUGGAGCUACAGCAGAGUGUGGAAUCUCUGUUAAAGAACAUGUUUGAGGGAGAGAAGAGUGAAGUCUGCAUUGUUAACGGGACUCAAGUUUUACUCGCUUUAUUGGAGACUCGCAAAUCAGGGGUGGAGUUGAUAGAUCCGGGAUCUCAGGCCCUGGAUCAGUUGUAUUCUGUAAACAACAGCAUCUUACUGGGCAUCGAGCCACACCUGGAGCACUACCGCCAUCUACUGCUCGAUCCACCAAAGAAGUGCAGCAUGUUGACCACUCUCGGGGUUCUGGAGGAGCCGUUCGGGAACGCUCGACUUCACGCCUGCAGGCUGAUGGCCUCUCUGCUCAACACUCAUGCUCCCAGAAUGCACCAGGAGCUCUGUCGACUCGACAUGAUCAACCUGCUGCUGGAUCUGUUUUUUAAAUUCACCUGGAACAAUUUCCUCCAUGUUCAAGUGGAGCAGUGCGUGUCGGCCAUCCUUAAUCAGAUGGCACCGGACGGGGCGGUGGAGGAAAGUCCGGACCCGAAAGGACCCGAAAACACGCACAUGGACAUGGCACACACUCCACAUGCAGAUGCAGCCAUGUUCUCGCACCAGGAUCUGCUCACACAUCUGUUUCAGACCUGCAGACUGCUACAGCGGAUUCUCGAUGCUUGGGAGGAGAACGACAGAACACAGUCCAAGGGUGGCAUGAGGAGGGGUUACAUGGGGCAUCUGACCCGGAUAGCAAAUGCAGUGGUCCAGAGUGUGGAGAAAGGAGCUGCACAGAGUCACAUCAUGCAUCUAAUAAAUGGUCUACCUGAAGAUUAUGGAGAACAUUGGCAGAAAUUUGUGGAUGAAACUUUAGCAGAAACCAACAAGAAAAACGCGGUGGAUCUGGUCUUUUCUGACUACCAGAUCCAGCAAAUGACGGCGAACUUUGUCGACCAGUUUGGAUUUAACGAUGAUGAGUUUGGAGAACACGAUGAUGGCAUCAAUGCAGCAUUUAAUCGCAUCGGAGGAAUUAAAUGUAAUCUGGUGGAUGAAGGCCCGAGCACAGGGGCGUUUCAGCCCUGCACUAAGGGGAAGAUCCGUCCGUUUGAUGAUGCGGAUGAGGAAGAGGAUAUCUGGGAGGACAAAGAGAUAAACUAUGCAGCUCAAGUGAAAUCUAGAACCAGGUUCGGCGUGACGUCGACGCUGAGGAGCGAGGUCGAGGGCGGGGCUCUGAGGCGCUUGGGGUCACCUGAUCUGGAGUGUUUCCCAGACUGCAAACAGAUUCUGGACAACAGCAGGAGCGAAGACCGAGACAAGGACAGCAGCCUGCCACAGAGUCCAGGUUGGGUGGCGAGUUUUGAGGACGAUUUUAACUUUAAGGCAGACUUUGCGGGCGUGGCCAUCGACAGCGGGUCAGGGGUGUGGGGCAGCACCACGGCUCCUCUGAAUGACGGCGAGGAUAAAGGCUGGGCUACGUUUACUGACUUCCAACCAUUCUGCUGCUCAGACUCCGGGGCUCGCUGCAGCUCUCCUGUCGACUCGGAGAACUCCGACACACAGAACCAGGAUAAAGACGUGAGGGGCUCUGCAGCAUGUGUCUGGAGUGUGUGUGGAGCGAGGAAAGCUCCUCUGGUGGCGUCGGACAGUAGCUCCAGCGGCUCAGACAGUGAGGAUGAGGAGGAGAGGAGCGAUAGCACCAGUGACAAGGAGAACACUACAGUCUGUGUAGAUACCAAGGCCGAAAAAACAUCCUAUAACCGCGAUGCGGAUGUAAAAUCCUCGGGUGUCGAGGCUGAACCUCCUCCGGUGACGGAGCAGAAAGCAGACUGAAGGUGAACGAGAAAAACUCCAGCGUUAGGGGUCCAAUGAAAACGCUCUCGGAGUCUCCUCCCGGUGUUUGACAUCAUCACUGCCCCGCCCACAACUACAAAAAACAUCCGUUUCCAUUGAGCUUGUUAAAGUUCUGAUUCAGGUGGUUCUGAUGGAAAGAGAGCCGAGUGUCUCAGCUGCUGCACUGAGGCGUAAUAAUGCAGAAUACUGCAGUUAUAACAGUACAUAAAGAGAAGAACAGCAUAAAUCUAGUGUUAGCGUGACUUUAUCUCGAGGCUACGUGCGCCGGCUCUUUAUAACACAUUCACACACCAGCCAUUAACUCCAUGAAGAGUAAAGCAAUGCUUGAGUCUCUAUAACAGGCUUAUGACGCGUCAUCACUGCUUCAUUAGGGUUUAUGUCUACACUUCUGUCAGAUCUGCUGUCAGAGUCACACUUCUAUUUAUUUUGUGAGUUCAUGAAGCUUUAAGAGCUGUGAGGAAGAAGUUCUGUAACGGAGAACGAGGAUUAGCGAAACGCAGCGGAAUUAAUCAGUAAAAUAAUAAAAACUUAAAAAAAAUCAAAAUCAAACAAGAUUCAUUUAAGUUAAUUAUCAUUUGUUUCCAAAUUUACAUUUUCUGUUCUUAAACAAAAGAUUAAUAACGCUUCAUUAUCUACAUUUUUUUAUUUGUUCCAAUUAUUAUUAUUUUUAUUUAUGUUCUAUUUUAUUUUUUGUAUUUUAUGAUUAUUUUUUAAUGUGAACACUAACCAGGUCCUGAUUAUGAUUUAAUGAUUUACUGAAUUAAUGAAUUUUUCCCUUAAUCACAAAUUACUAGGAUUCGUUUUAUUUUGUGUUUUUGAGUUCAUUUCUUUCUUUUUUCUUCCUUUCUUUUUCUUUUUUUUUUUUUAAAUUUAAUGGUCCUCAGUUACUUCCUCCACAGAAGAUGCUUCAAAAUAUUAAAUAUUUUCUAAGACAAAUUAAUCUGAAAGUAAACUCCGUCCCACAAAAGCACACAAUGUUAAAAAAGAUUUCUCUGUAAAACACCAGAGUAGAAAAAAUUAAUGGAAACUCUAAUUCUAUAUUAAUGUAGUAUGCCAAAACUUUUGCACUGUGCCAUAUUGGGAGGAAAAAACUGCAAAAAUGUAAAUGUCGUAGUGAAUAAUAUAGAAUUUAACCAUGUUAAUGAAUGUAUAAACAAACAGGCAGAUAAUUAGAUAAAUGUUAGGAUUCUUGAUCAUUUGUCUGAAAACUCAGAACAUUGAGAACCUUUAAAGGUUCCUCUGAAGUUCCUCUGAGAGAACACUUAAAGGUUCUGCGUAGAAAUUAGAACUGUUUCAUUUGAAGAGCAUCAGUCUCCAUAACUCGCAGAACUGAAUAUUUAUUCAUAAAUGAAUAAGAACUUCAUGAACAGGUAUAAGAGUUUAUAAAGGUGUAUUAUCAAAAAGACAAUGUAAUAACAAAUUAAAAUCACUGGUAAUAGAAAUGAAGGUUCUGGGGUUGAUGUGUAAAGCCUUCAGGCAAUAAAUGUUACGCAGCGUUAUGAAUGUGUUAUAAAGACCCCAUGUACGUAGCCUUUAAAUAAAAUGAAUGUGCAAUAAGGCUUAUUGUGUAGAGCUGUUAAUUAUUCCUGUGUGUGUGUGUGUGUGUGUGUGUGUGUGUGUGUGUGUGUGUGUGUGUCCAAACCUCUGUUUUUCUCAGACAGCUGUGUCAUAAGACUGACAUAACCACACCAUAAGGCAUCGUAGAACAUGUCCUGCUUUAUGUUCAGUGAUGUGCUGUUUCUGCUACUGCUUCUGUUCGUAAUUUCUAAUUCAUGCCUUAUGAACAGUCACGACAAGCUAUGACCACAGAACAUGCUUGUCUCUCACUGGCUGGAACGUGUCAAAAAAGGAGAGUGUUAUGUGAUUGGUUGUAACUUGUUAUAACGACUCAUGACACAGUUAUGACACGGUUAUGUCAGGCUUAUGAGUGUGUUGUGGAUGUUAGCUAGUUUUCUCAGGUAUGAUGAUGAUGAUGGUGGUGUGUGUGUGUGCGUGCACGCUGUACCCUUAAACACACUUCAGUUACGUGAGGAACGCUGCAGGACUGGACGUGUGGUGAAAACGUGAUAUUUUCACCUUUUUCAUGUCUCACUGUUCACGUUUUCAUCAGCUGUUAGAAUGAAACGCUGAUUAAACAUAAACAAUAACACUAAAUCACUAAUGUAACGCGUCAGUGUGAGAGAAUUUAGAGGCAAUAAUUUGAGGUGAUAUUUCAGUGACUUUGCUUUCACUACUGACACACACACACACACACACACAAUGUUGUGUGAGUUUGCACAUUUUUCAGCUUCAUGUUUCAGUUGUUGCACUUUUAAUAUUUGAUUCUUGAAACCAGAAUCCUGAUGAUGAUGAUAAAGCUGAUGAUGAUGAUGAGGCAGAGGAGCAUCAUGGUUCAUGAUGAAGACCUUGAUGAUAAAUGACUAUGAUGGUGGUGGUGAUGAUGAUGAUGAUGAUGACCAUGAGGAGGAGGAGAAUGGUAAUGAUUAUGAUGAGCAUGAGGUGGAUGAAGGUUUAUGAUGAUGAAUGAUUUUGAUGGUGAGGAAGAGCACGAUGAUGAUGAAUUAUUAGAGAUGGAGCUGAAUGUGUGUGUUAUGUACAGACUGAACAGAUGAGGGUUGAUGUGGAUGUGAGCAGGUCAGGUGUUACUGAGUGUUUCUGUUUGUUUGUUUUAAACAAAUUUACCAAAAAUUUACCCCCAGGUUGAGAGUAGAGCUGAUCACCAGGACAGGAAUCCAAAACGAACAAAAAAAAACAGCUCUGUGUGUGUGUGGGUGUGUGUGUGUGUGUGGGGGUGGGUGAGCAUGUGGUCAGAUAUAAAACUCCAACAGCAAAGUGAUCAUUUUCAGGAGCGUGAGCAUGAACACGACCCCUCAGGAGUCACUGUCCAGCUUGUCCAUCAGCUUCAAAUUUUAAAUCAGCUUCAUAGAUUUAUUUCCUUUCUUUUUUAUGUUUCUGGAAACAGAGCUGUGUACAUGUGUUACAAAGCGCUGAAGCCCCUGAGUGGACCUCAUUAAGCAUGAUGUAUUGCAUUUCAAUUCAAACCUGGCCACGCCCACCUGGGGGUCCGAUACAGAGACACUGUUUUACACUCUGCAUCAUGGAGUAUUUUUCUUUCUGUCCAUAAUUGAUUGCAUUAUUAUUAUUAUUAUUAUGUUAGAAAAAGAUGAACAUUUAAUCCAUUUCCUUCUGUCUUUUUUUCCUCGAUGCUGUUUGUGAUGGUUAGAGCAGACUUUUCCUCGACACUGCCGUCUACUGAUCCAUUUUGUUGUUGUUUAUUUUUCUCUUUUAUCCCGUCUUCCAGAUCCUGUGCACUUUCGUCUCGGUGUUUAUGCAGCUGUUGUUUUCGCGGUGCAGAUAAUACGGUAGCAUACCACUUCCUGUUUGUAAAAUCUGUACAAAAUCAAACGUAGUAAAUAUUCUAAUGGAUUAUUAGUGAUUGUAGCUGCAGUCAUGUAUUUUUACGCCGUUCUCUAUACAAAUAAAAAAUAAUUAUUAUAUAAUGAACCUGUUUAUUCCUGUAUGUCCAAAGUCAUUUUUUUUCAGGUUGUCUUAAAAAGCACUUAUUUCUUUUUAACGUCAUGUUAAUUAAGAUCUUCAUCAUGCUGUGUGUAUGAAUCAGGGUUAUAGUGUACCAGAUAGAUAGAUAGAUAGAUAGAGUUGGAUUCUGUGUGUAAACAUGUAAACAAAAUGCUGAAGUGUAAAUAAAUAAAAACACCA